CUACGGCGUAGGCGGGGCUUCCGGCGCGACACCGCCACGUGGAUCCUCCUCGGAACGGCGUUUUAGUUGCCCGGGCAGCAGUCCCUCCUCAUUAUCCCUGUCUCCCCACCGAAAAAUAGGUCCCUGCUCGCCCACCACCCGGGAUCUGCAAGCUGCGAGCCCACGAGCCCCACCAGCCCAUUGGGAGAAAAGUUGCUGUUCAGUCCACCAAGGCUUGUGCCACCUGGGGAGGGGAGGAUGAAAGUUUCAGUGCCCAUUUGGACUUUCACAGAGAUGGCUGCAGAGGCAUCAACAUCGAAAGCUACUGAGCUUUGGUAUUGUCAUCCAGUAUACGCAAGAUAUUGGCAGCAUUACCAUCAAGCGAUGGCUUGGAUGCGAAGCCACCAGAAUGCCUACAGGAAGGCAGUGGAAUCCUAUUUCAGUUUCCCAUGGUACUUCCCUUCUGCAGGUUUUCCCCAAAGCUCUUAUGACAAUGAGGGUGGAUAUCCACAGUCAUUCUAUGACCAUCAUAUGGCCUGGCAGGACUCCUACCAUAGUUAUACACCCAACAGAAGGUCUGGACAGCCUCCAUGUGACAGUAGGAGCCAGACACCUACAAGAGAAGAUCAAGCAUUGUUUGAAGAGGAAGAGAUGGAGUCGGAGUCAGACGAGGAGGUAGAAUGUGACCUGAGCAAUAUGGAAAUCACUGACGAGCUCCGCCAGUACUUUGCACAGACAGAGAGACACAGAGAAGAGCGAAGGCGGCAGCAGCAGCUGGAUGCAGAGCGCCUAGAUGACUACGUGAAUGCUGAUCAUGGCCUGUACUGCAACACCCGGCGCUCGGUGGAGCCCCCGAGUGAGAGGCCUGGAGAGCGGCGCCAGGCCGAGAUGAAGCGCUUAUAUGGAGAGAGCGCUGCCAAGAUCCAGGCUAUGGAGGCCGCUGUGCAACUGAGCUUUGACAAACAUUGCGACAGAAAGCAGCCCAAGUACUGGCCUGUCAUUCCCCUCAAGUUCUGAAUCCUGGGCACAGGGCCCCAAGGGAAUGCUCCCUAAAGACAGUCCCCAUCCUCACCCUUUCCCUCUCAGGCACACUCCCAUCAUCUCUCUUCUAUACAAUUCUCAGGGAAAGAGGCCUCUGUACCGAGAUACAGCAUGGUCACCAAAAUCCUGGUGGACCAUCAGAAGGAGGAUGUAAUGUCAGCCACUUGGAAGUAAGCAGGAUGUAUACUAUUGCCAACAUGAAAUAUCUUCUCUCAGUGAUCAUUUUGAGCCAGGCAUAGUGAGUGGUACACGCCUCUAAUCCCAGCAGCUCAGGAGGCUGAAGCAGGAGGAUCAGAAGUACAAAUCCAGCCUCAGCAACUUAGUGAGGUCCUGAGCAACUCAGCAAGACCCUGUGUCUAAAUUUAAAAAUAUGAAAAAGAGUUGGGGAUGUGACUCAGUGGUUAAGUGCCUCUGGGUUCAAUCCCUGGUUAAAAAAAAAAAAUCAUCAUUCCACUCAUUUUUAAUGUCAAUAGUGUUCAAUGCAUUAAAAAUUCUUGCCUAGUGAUAACUGCCUACCAUUUUGCCUUCUUACGUUUUCUUUUAACCUGCCUGAACUUCACAAAUGCUUUAAAUAAGCCAGACGUACUCUCCUAAUGCAGUUCCUCUAAUCCUCGCUGAAAAUGAUGUGAAUGUGCAAUGAGACAAAUACCACCUCUUUCUAUGCAGGAGUCAGCCUGCAUGUUCUGUAAAGGGCCAAAGAAUAAAUACUCUUGGCUUUGCAGGCCACAUAGUCUGCAUUAUGACUAUUCAUCUUUGCCCUUAUAGUGUGAAAGCAGCUAUACAUGGUACAUAAACAAAUAGAUUUGGCUGUGUUCCAAUAAAGCUUUAUUUAUAAAAGCA